GAAGUUGAAGAAGAGAGGGGAUCGAGAAUAAAGUAGAAUUUUCCAUUCCACAUGACGUAGGCGGCCGUGCAAGGGUAUUUUGGUCAAUCGGGAAAGCACAAUCAAAGGAAAGAAACGCGUUUCCAUGGAAUUGAAUGAUAUAAAUAUAAAUAAUAAGAAAAGUGUUGCGUGAACUGUGAAUUGAGAAUAUGGGGAGAAAAGAAGAAAAAGAAGUAAUGGCGGUUGGAGUUCCAGUAUAUGAAAGGAACGGUAUCCCUCCUAACGCGAUAAUCGGAGAUCCCAAAGGUAUUCCUAUUCAACAGACUAUUUACAGAGACACUCCUGCUCCUUUCAAUUGUCCUCACUGUGCUAAUACCUCUCUCACUACUAUCAGAUCAAAGAUUAGUUUAGCGGCAUUUGUUGGAUGCUUGAUGCCGAUGAUGCUUGGAGUUUGUUUUCUCUGUCCUUCAAUGGACUGCCUCUGGCAUAAAUAUCACUACUGUCCUCAAUGUCACCAAAAGGUUGCUGAUUUUGAGAAAUCAGAUCCCUGUAUUGUGAUGGAUCCACCAAGCUGGACGCAGGAGAGCUUUGCAUUAGCUGGAUACUAGUAUGAUAUUUCUAUUACUGCCAUUUGGACUAUGUGAAGUUGAAACUUUUGUUGUUCUUCAUUGCUCUUAUUAAGUUUCUUAAGAACCAGAUUUUAUAUGUGUACAUUGGAUUAGAAAGCUAGCUUUUAUAUGUGUACAUUGGAUUAGAAAGCUUGCUUUUUACUUUAAUUCUAAUUAUCCAGUUCUACAAUUGCUGCAUAUCUGUAAUAAUUGAAUGAGAAUUGUGCAGGUCCCCACAAUCUGCAUGAUUUGUUUACUGCCUUGGUUAUCAUCUUGUAUGAAAUUAAACAAGGAAAAUGUUUGUCAAAUCAUGUUCCAUUUUGUUUUCCUGUCA